AUGUAUAGGGCUGGUCCAUUUUACAUUUCCUUUCUCUUUGAAGAAUUCGAAAAGAUGAGUACAAAUCUACGGAGGUUUGUCGAACGGUUAGUCACCGUAUACACUGCACCGAACGAAUUUCAGGAGGGUCGCUUCUUACUCAUCCUGAAAUCAAACAUUAUAGUAGGAAUAGAACUUUGGCUUCAAUAUAAGAAGCGCACGUCAACCGAACAGAAACCAUAUAGCGAGAAUUUGGCAAAAGAUCAGUGGGAUGCUUCACCAACUUCCUCAUGUGGCAUGGAUGCCUUCGUCACGUUAUUGAACCCAAUUUCGUAUAAUGCUGAUUUGUUCGAGUGUCUCGCUGAAGUUGUUACUCCUUCGCGGGAACUUGUGAUUCGAUGGAUGGCACCUUAUCUCCGACGUUUCAGUAAAUACAUUCCUUCACAAAACAUGUGGCUCUGUGAUCAACGGCGCAUGGGACCAGAGUACAUGAAUCGUGAUAUUGGAGAGAUGUAUCUUAGACAAGGAAUAUGUGAAUGCGUAGACGUUCUGAGACAAUUCAACGGAAGGGAGGAGGUGAUUAAUGUAGCCCUUGAGGUUCUGGAAGGCGCUGAGAUGCCCACAUAUUUGAAGGUCAUGUUAAGAGGGAUUUCUGACGAAGAAUUUCCUUGGUAG